CCUUCCAAGAGCUCCUUGAAUAAAAUUCGCGACCUCUCAACUUUCCGGCUUGAAGAGCUCAGUCAUUUGGCAGUUGCGAUGUACCGGGCGGCCGACGUUUCCUUUACUAGUAUUUGGAAUAGAGCAAUCCUCAGGCGCCAGCUCUGAGCUCCACGGCAAACUGGACAUUCCAAUGUCCAGAAUGCUAUAAUUUUUUCUCAUUGUCAACAUGAAAAAUGCCGCCACGGCCUCCGCCGCUGUCAGAUAUUUACACCCUUCUCAGAACCUCCGCCAAUUACCAGACCACCACGCUGUGGCCAACUUCUAUGCAGCGCAGCUUCAACUUUGCUUCCAGCAUGGCUCCGCGUCCUACUCUCUGGCUCCGAACAUUCAUGCCCACAUGAUCACUUUUGGAUUCAGGCCACGAGGUCAUAUCCUCAACCGUCUAAUUGAUAUAUACUGCAAAUCUUUGGACUUCAGCCACGCGAAACGGCUGUUCGAUAAAAUUCCCCAACCAGAUGUUGUUGCGAGAACCACUCUGAUUUCUGCUUACUCUGCCUCUGGAGACCCCAAGUUUGCACGGGAUAUAUUUGAUAAAACGCCAUUAAGAAUUCGCGAUACCGUUUGUUACAAUGCCAUGAUCACUGGCUAUUCGCAUAACAACAACGGGCAUGCUGCUAUUCAGAUAUUUAAUGAAAUGAGGCGAAAGGGUUUUGAGCCAGAUAAUUUUACUUAUACGAGUGUACUUGGUGCUUUGGCACUUAUAGCUGAUCACGAGAAGCACUGCCAGCAAUUUCAUUCUGCUGUUGUUAAGUCAGGAACCUUGUUGCUUACUUCAGUGGUGAAUGCUCUCAUAUCAGUUUAUGUCAAAUGUGCUUCCUCGCCAUUGGAAACUUCUUCUUUGCUGAUGGGUUCGGCAAGGAAGUUAUUUGAUGAGAUGCCUAUGAAAGAUGAGUUGUCAUGGACAACAAUCAUCACAGGAUAUGUGAGGAAUGAUGAUCUUGAGGCAGCUCAACAAGUUUUUGAUGGGAUGGAGGAGAAACUGGUGGUUGCAUGGAAUGCAAUGAUUUCUGGAUAUGUACACAAGGGCUUUGUGUCUCAUGUGUUUGAGAUGUUUAGGAAGAUGCAUUCUUUGGGGAUUAAACAUGACGAAUUUACCUAUACAAAUGUGCUCAGUGCCUGUGCUGAUUCUGGAUUCUUUCUUCAUGGUAAGCAGGUUCAUGCUUACAUUCUCCGCACAUGGUCAAACUCUAAAAGGGAAUUUCCGGUGUCUGUGAAUAACGCAUUGAUUACAUUGUAUUGGAAAUGUGGUAAGAUCGACCAAGCGAGGAUAAUAUUUGAUGACAUUUUGGGCAAGGACCUCGUUUCGUGGAAUUCAAUUUUAUCUGCAUUCGUGAGUGCAGGAAGAAUCACUGAAGCUGAAUCCUUUUUCAAUGAGAUGCCAAAUAAGAGUCUGUUGUCAUGGACUGUUAUGAUAUCAGGUUUUGCACAACAUGGGACUGCAGAAAAAGCAUUGAAGCUUUUCAAUCAAAUGAGAACAAAUGGGCUUGAACCUUGCGACUAUGCAUUUGCGGGAGCCAUUACUUCUUGUGCUGUACUUGCAGCACUGGAGCAAGGGCGCCAGCUCCAUGCUCAGCUUGUCAGGCUGGGUUAUGAUUCAAGCCUUUCUGCUGGAAAUGCUUUAAUAACAAUGUACGCACGAUGUGGUGUCAUUGAGGCAGCACAUACUCUGUUUCUUACCAUGCCUUGUUUGGAUUCUGUGUCUUGGAAUGCAAUGAUAGCAGCCCUUGGGCAGCAUGGACAUGGUGUUGAAGCAAUAGAACUAUAUGAAGACAUGUUGAAAGAAGAGAUUUUGCCAGAUCGGAUAACAUUCCUCACUGUUCUCUCUGCUUGUAGUCACGCUGGUCUAGUUGAACAAGGAUGGCGCUACUUUGACUCAAUGCAUGGAAAGUAUGGAAUACAGCCAGGCGAAGAUCAUUAUGCCCGAUUAAUUGAUUUGCUGUGUCGAGCUGGAAAACUAUUGGAAGCCAAAAAUGUGAUAGAGACCAUGCCAUUUGAGCCUGGGGCACCUGUUUGGGAAGCUCUACUUGCUGGUUGUCGGCUUCAUGGAAACAUUGAUUUGGGGGUCCAUGCUGCAGAACAGCUCUUUGAGCUCAUUCCACAACAUGAUGGAACAUAUAUCCUUUUGGCCAAUAUGUUUGCCACUGCAGGCCGGUGGAGUGAUGUUGCAAGGGUACGGAAAUUUAUGAGGGAUCGAGGGGUUAAGAAAGAGCCAGGUUGUAGUUGGAUUGAUGUCGAAAACAAAGUUCACGUAUUUUUAGUUGAUGACACUGUGCAUCCUGAGGUGCAAGCAGUUUACAGUUAUCUGAAAGAAUUAGUACCAAAGCUCAGGCAAUUGGGAUAUGUUCCAGACACGAAGUAUGUGUUGCAUGACAUGGAAUCUGAGCAAAAAGAAUAUUCUUUGUCUACUCAUAGUGAGAAGCUUGCAGUUGUUUUUGGACUCCUAAAACUUACCCAUGGAGCCACAAUUAGAGUCUUCAAGAACCUUCGAAUCUGUGGGGAUUGCCACAAUGCAUUCAAGUUCAUGUCUAAAGCAGAGGCUAGAGAGAUUAUUGUGAGAGAUGGAAAGAGGUUCCACCAUUUCAGGGAUGGUGAAUGCUCCUGUGGUAAUUACUGGUGAUGGAGAUGUUACUUAUAACUUAUCUUCUGCCUGGAUUCUCGUGGUUCAAUCAGAUAAUUGAUUUGGUGUUAUCCUAUCUGGAAGUCUGGAGUGCCUCACAGGAAGCAUCAUUUGGAUAACCUCUGUUGUGAAAAGUCAUUAAACUCUUGUUUGUUUAUCAUUUUUGGAAGAAUGAAAAUGAAAAACAUAGCAUUUAUGGGCUCCACACAAAAAACAGAAAUUUAAAUUUGGUGGCUUGAUGUGAUGGAUAACGUUCAUAUUUUUUAAUGUGAACCAAACAAGGGCUAAAGUUUUCUCUGGGUUGAGACAGAGAAGCUCCGCUUGUGUAGUCAGAAUAUAAGCACCCGCUAAACAUGUUUUGUGGAUCCUCUAUCUUCCAGAAUUAGAUGAUCCAGCUCAGGUAUCCAAGAUUGAGGAAUGAGACUUUACUCUUCUUGUGGAAUCAGAAUACUACACAAACAAGUGGAUACAAUGAUUCCAAGUUUCAUGAUCAACUGCAGAACUAUUUGUAAAUGCUUGGUCUCAUUUGGAACACACUGACCUACAGUUUCUCUGAUUGUAAGCUAUAAAGUGUAAGUCCUCCUCUCCUCUUUGAGAUUUGACAUUGAGAAUACCCAAUGAAAAGCAAGCUUUGAUAUCUGAGGUCUAACCGAUCAGCUUUGGGAUUGUUGUGUAAUUGAUUAUUUGGUGUAAGAUUUUGAUAUUGGUAGUAUUUGUCCAUCAGCUUGUCGUUUGAGUCUUGAUGUCAUGUUAAGAUAGUAAUACUGUGCAUUUGGAAAAGAUUGCAAUUUUUCAAAUAUUUGUCAAGAGCAAGAUUGUAAACAUGUUCUAGCAAACAAUGUGAAUGGUGCUAGAGAACAUAUUACAUUGUUUUAGUUAUUUGGAUACGUGUAGUCAAUUCAUUAGUCGGUUGACGAACGGAUAUUUGACACACAAGUUGCCGAAAGAAGCAGAAACCAUUAACUUCAAUGAUUUUAGUGCUA